AUUUUUUAGUACGUCUAUGGGCCGAACAAAAAAAAGAAAUGUCCAUUCUAGUGUCCCACUUUUGUAUCUCACUCAUUCAUUAAUGAUUAGCGCGAUGGAGAAAGAGAAAGAUAGAAAACAACUACGUGACAUAGCUGUCAAUGUUAGCAAAGCAAGCAAAGUAAUUAAAUAUUUUCUAUUCGUGUCAUCAACUCGAUGGAGUCGCGAAAUGAUUAUUUUAAGUUCAAGGUCAUUUUUAUCUAAAAUGUGGCGUGUAUUUACGGGACUCUAUUUAUUAUUUGGAAGUUAUUUACAUUUUUUACCUUUUUAAAAUAUUUUGAAUCACGUGAUCAUAGGUAUAUUGAAUUUUAAUUGGUCGACGUUGAGCGUGCCCUGCGCGACGCAAGAAGCGCAAUAAUAGUAUUCCAAAAUGCCGUCGGAAUCUAAGCCUUUGUUGGCAGCUCAAACAGAAAAACCUAAUCAUUACAAAUAUCUCAAGGAAUUUCGAGUAGAGCAGUGUCCAUCGUUCCUACAGCAUAAGUGUACACAACAUAGACCUUUUACUUGUUUUCAUUGGCAUUUUAAUAAUCAAAGAAGACGUAGACCAGUAAGGAAGAGAGAUGGGACUUUCAAUUAUAGCGCAGAUAAUUAUUGUACCAAAUAUAAUGAGACUUCAGGAAUUUGUGAAGACGGAGACGAUUGUCCAUACCUUCACCGCACCGCAGGUGAUACGGAGCGAAGGUACCACCUCCGCUACUAUAAGACUUGUAUGUGCGUCCACGAUACGGACGCUAGGGGACUUUGUACUAAAAAUGGGGCACACUGCGCCUUCGCACACGGCGCGCCGGAUCUGCGGCCUCCGGUGCUCGACAUGAGGGAGCUCCAAGCGCUGGAGAAUCCGGACGGUGCAGACGGGGAUGCCGCUGCACCGAAUGCUUUAGAUAGGGAACGCAAUUUAAUGAAUGAAGACCCAAAGUGGCAAGAUACAAAUUAUGUGCUUUCAUCAUAUAAAACAGAACCAUGUAAAAGACCACCAAGGUUAUGUAGACAAGGGUAUGCUUGCCCACAAUAUCACAAUAGUAAAGAUAAGCGUAGAUCUCCAAGAAAAUAUAAAUAUCGUAGCACACCAUGUCCAAACGUAAAGCACGGGGAAGAGUGGGGGGAGCCUAGCAAUUGUGAAGCCGGCGACGCGUGCGGCUACUGUCAUACUCGUACUGAACAACAAUUUCAUCCUGAAAUAUACAAGUCCACCAAAUGCAACGACGUGCAACAGGCCGGGUAUUGCCCCCGCGGACUCUUUUGCGCCUUCGCACACGUAGAACCCGAAGACUUGACCGCCGCCCGCGAGCUCGCCGCACCUCUAGAAUGCGGCACCAACCUAGCAGAUCUGUUAUCGUCCGCGCUGCCGCCCGACAAGAAGGCGGACAACAGCGUGAGCAUGCUCAGUAGCGCACUCAACCUGGAGCGGGUGCGGACGCUGUCUCCCCCGCCCCCCACCGCGACGUCGCACCUGCACGCCAACGGCUCCGGCGACGGCUCCGAGUGCGCCUCCACCUCCAGCGGGGGCUCCAGCGCCGCGGCGGCCGGGCCCGUCGCGGCUACGCAGCCCCACGGGCACGCCCUGCCCCGCGCGCUCGGGCCGCUCACGCCCUACGCGGAGCACGAGGAGCGCAAGCCGGCGCCGCAGCCGUCCCCGUGGGCGCGCGCCUCCACGUUCGACGCCACCGUGCUGCAGGAGGUGGUCGGGAACGCGCUCGACGACAUGCACCUCGAGGACCCGCUCAACCUGGUCGCGGCGCUCGACCGCGACCUGUCCGACGGCGAGGGGCUGCUCGGCGGCUCGGCCCCGGUCAACAUCCCGCAGGCGCGCGGCGCCCUGCGCGGCUUCAGCCCGCCAGCCGCCGGCUCGCCGCUGCCGCCCUUCCUGCGGUACGCGCAGAACGACACCGAGCGGCUGUUCAACUCGCACGCGAUGAAGGCGGGCAGCUUCGGCGCGGGCGGCGCGGGUCCGUUCGACUUUGCGGCGUCGUCGCCGUCGGCGCCCGCGGAGCUGUCGCGCCUGCGCGAGGAGGUGGUCGCGUCGCGCGCCGCCGCGGCCCGCUGGGACGAGCGCAUCGCGCAGGCGCGCUCCGCGUGCGAGGCGUGGCAGCGCGAGUCCGACGAGGCGCAGCGCAAGGCCGCGCUCGCCGAGCGGCAGCGGGACGAGGCGCUCGCGCACGCCAUGACGCUGCGGCGCGAGCUGGACUCGGCGCGCGGACCGACCGCGCCCGUCAGCACCGCAAGCGGGGGACGGCGCGAGCUGCGCGGGCUGCCGCUGACGGCGCUGAAGGCGCUGCAGGCGCAGGCGCGCGCGGAUCUGGAGGAGAUCGAGAAGGUGCUGUACCUGGAGACGGCCACCAAGUGCAUGGUGUGCGAGCAGCAGCCGCGCUCGGUGACGCUGCCGCCCUGCAACCACUACGUGCUGUGCGACGCGUGCGCCGCCACCGCCAAGGAGUGCCCCUACUGCCAGACGCCCGUGCAGCACCACCAGUAGGCGGAGACCCGCCCGCUCUCUAUACCCCAUCACUGUUUACACGUUUGUAACUAACGUCGCGAUCUGCGACGACUCGUUUUAUUUUGAAGCGAAUGAGAGAUUUGUUCUCCUUAAAUGAUUGUGACGAAAUUUAGGAUUUUUCUAAUUGACUGCCUCAGCAAUAAAAAAAAUUACCGUAGGGUAGAGGUACCGUUCCAUAUGCUGUAUAGUUUAGGAACGUGUCGACUGAAAUGAUAGUCGCCUGUUUUCAGAUUUUUUCAAAUAGUUAAAUUUGUGCAUCUUAUACAGACUUGAUAUGAAUUAAACUAAACAUGUUUACAGAUUUGUGAAACGGAAUUUAAAAGCUUAUUUAAAUAAGACUAGUAGAAGAUAUGAUUUACCUAUAACAUUAUUAUGAAUAGAAAUACAUUAUGACACCAAAGUUACAAUCGAAAUACGAUCAUUCAGUACUGAUGUUACAGAUGACUACAGAAAUAUAUCUAAACACUAUUUUUCUUAAACAAAUAUAUUUAGUGCAUGGUUUACACUAUGUAGGAGUUAUAAUGAUAGUAUAACGAGAGUGAAUAUUAUGCUUUUGAUGUUAACUCGUUUAUAUAGUAUUCAUGUACUAGUGGACUCGUUGCUUUUACUUAUGUAUAAACGUAAAAAGUAAUAGGUAUUUUAUGACUUUUAUGAGGUUAUAUUCGUGAACACAAUUACAAAAAACUGGUCAUGCUGGCACCGAUGAUCCGAGCUUUGAGAUUGUAAUUGUAACAAAUGUAUUUCGGAUAUAUUUUCGGCAUAAAAUAAAUGAGUAAGUAAUUAUUUAUUAUUAGUAAUUCUCCGAUAUUGGUGGAAGCAUGGCCAACAUGAUAAUAUCAUUAGCUCUAUGAUUAAAGUAGAUUUAGUUUUAUAUUGAAUAUUCAAACAGAAUUUGCAUGUAUGUUCAGGUUAGAUUUACUAAUUAUAAUAAUCAUACAAACUUGAAUCAGAAGUUGUUAUUGUUACGUUUUUUACAUUUUUUAAUAUAACAAAUUAUAUACUUAGUACUAGUGUGACACAUAAGCUUCCUUCAAUUGUUUUAGAAAGCACAACUUUUAAUUUUCAAUGCUCAGCUAGAUACUAUAAGGACCAAUAUUAUAUCGAGUAAUAUUCUAAGCAAUAAAUGUUCAGGUUCUGGAUUGUGUAUUGUCCCCCAUUUGGGGAUUUUGCAUCUUAGCCGUUUAAUUCAAUUGAAAGAAAACAGAGCAAAGUAAUUUGAAGGUAACUAUUGUUUCGAUUGAUGCAAACGAAGGUACUGGUCGAGUUGUUUUUUAUAAAUAUAAGAAUGAUAAAUAAUGAUAAUUAACAUUCCCAAUUUAUCGUUAGAAUUAGAAUGUGGUGAAGGUACAAUAUUUUCAUUGGAAAUGGAAUUGCAUUUAGUUCGGAAUAUGUACUGGAGGAACAUUACUUAUUUAUGAGAUGAUAUGAAACAUAAAAUUUGUCUGGACUAUAUAAUUGAAUAUUAAUAUGCAUUUUCGAAUGAGUAUAACAAGUUAUUAUAUAAUAUUGUGAGUAUCCACAUGUUUGGUAGUAAAUCAAUAUGCCACUUCAAUCUUGAAGUUUAGCUGUUGCUGACAGUAUGUGAUUGUGAACGAGUUCUACUAUUUUUUUUCUUUGAUUUCUUCUCAAGAUACCAUCUUUUGGGUCAAUAUAUUUUGGAUAUCGUACAGACUAUGCAACGCGGAUCAUUUUUCUAUAUAAUACGAAUCGCAUUUUUAUACAAAGAUUUAUUUCGAUUUUACUACUAUAAAUUUUGAAGUACAUAAUAUAUUUAUAUAUAUUUUGAAAAAAAUCUUGGAAAGUUUUUGUAUCUGUAUUUAAUGAUAAUAGUAAUAACAAAUUUAACUUAGAUAUAUAACAUAGUUUUAAGUAGUGUUUUCAAAUUGUAAUGGACAUUAUUUUAAGUGCGUAGUUGCAACGUGUAUCGUAACCAAUAGCAAUAUCCACCAACGCCACAGUUUGGGAGAUUAGUCCAAGCAACCUCUGUCUUUGUAAGGAACCCAGGGUGUUCAAACUACUUUACGUUCAGUUUCAAUCUCUUAGUGCCUGUGACAGUAAACGGGGGGAGGGUGACAUUAUUGACAGGAACCACUUUCUGGGGUAACGAACGGGUGGAAACGGUGAAACUGACGUCAUGCGAUGCAAGAUAAAUGUGUUCAAAUAUAUAUUUUAGGUGACAUAUGUUACAUAAGGUACAGCAUACGUUCAAAGCAUUUUUUAGGACAGACUGUUAAACAUGCGGUAUUAUUACAAAGACUUUAAUUCGAUCGUGUAAUUAAUUUAAAUUAUUUAUUAUAUUUUUAUUCAAUAAAAUAAAUGGCAAAGUGGUCAUGGUGACGCAGUACAAAAUUAAAGGCAGAAGAGACUCGUGGCAACCAUCCGCCCGUUGUUUGGGGACAGUGGAGUUUUAGCUGGACGAUUAGGUCGCUUAUUACGAAGGCAACACGGCACAUUUUGUGUUAGGAUUGUAAGGUUAUUUAGAUAUGCUUGUCUUGUGAAAUUUUUAAUAUUUGCCAAAUGUCUGAUCAUAAUGAAUCAACUCUGAAAGUGCCCAGCGACGAUUAAAUAGUAUGUUCGUUGGUCUUACAGUCAUUUCUACAAUAGAUUCAAUCGGAAUUGGUAAUAAUCAGAACAGUUUCUCUAAAGUUCCAAAAUUGUCACAAAAUCGGAAUGUAGUCUCAAAAAGCAAACGCAUACAACAUGUAUUGUGUAGUCAUUGCAUAAUCAUUAUGAUAGAGUAGCUUGCUAUAAUUAUAGUGUUUCUAACGUUUUAAAUUUAGAAGUGUAUUAGAGACAUAUUUAUUUUUAUAUAGAGUCUUUAUCACAUGGAGAGUGUAGUUUCGUUGGUAAAAUAUAAAAAAAGAUUCCCAUGUACCGUAUUAUGACUGUAAACACUGAUUAUAUGGUCGGUGGGUAAUUCCGCAUGUGACACCGGCUCAGUUACUGGUCAAUCAGUUUGAAUUGUGUGGUGAUCAUAGUUUUACAGCCCGGCAAACUUCUUGAGCAUCGACCAUAGACAAGGAAGCCUGCGCAGUAGCAAUUUUAAAUCUUAGAUUGAAACAAAAAUGGAAGAUACGCCACUCGCGGCUCAAAAGUGUACCGCUUACAUUGUGGUGCAUGACCACAAUUCGCUUUAGUCACAAUUGGACACCCAAACACGAUGCAUGUGGACUCAAUAUAACAAUAAUGCGGAGAUUCUGUGUUAUAAAGAUAAAACAAUGCCUUCGUUGCUUUUAUAAAGAACACAAAUAGUUCAAGAUGAAAUAACAAAAAUUCGUAAAACAUAAAAACUUUUUUUUCUCAAAAAAUCACGGUUUUUAUCAUGAAUGUUAUUUACUUAUUCAACACACAACAAUACAGCUCGGCCGUUUGUAAAGAGAGAAAAGAGAACGCUGACUCUCCGUUUCGCUCGCGCUGCGUUGAAGCGUACAGUUCUGUUUCGCUCGCUCGAUUGAAUGUUUUUUUACAGAAGUGUGCGUGCGAGUUGCUUAUGUAGUUGAGUAGGAGCAUAUUUUAUUUUAUGCUUGUAUGAGCGUACCGUAUCUUACUUUUUUAAUGUAAGUUUUACAUACAAAAAAGUUACUGCGCAAGUUAAUCAGUCCAGUUUGGUUUUUGCGCAAGAAGUUUGCCGCUACCUAUACCUACUCGGUAAAUCGAUGCGAAAAUAAUAUUACAGAUUUUAUUGAACGCUUAUUUAUAUAAUUAUUGCGUUAUCUGCAUAUUUGUUCAGUUGAGUAACUGGUACCAGUGCUGCGAAUGUUGGGUUACGCAUGCACAGAAUGCAGAUGUGGUGACUGGCGUCGUGUGGUUCUUGUUGUUGAUUUACCUUAUUUCGUAUCAUCGCAAUCAUUUUAAUCAACAUUUAUAAUCCAUUUUUGCAGUUUGCAUUUUACGUUAGAUAAUUUACUUAGGACCAAUUUUGUUUUAAAGCUUUCAUGUUUUUAGCACAUGCAUAAUAAAUAACAACUCCUCUUUUUAAAUAUUUUAAUUAUUAUUAUUUUUCAAUUAUUUAAACCUUAGGUAGGUAGGUCCAACAAAUUUUUUCAAAUUAUUAUUGUUAAAUUAGAAAUAGAUAAUAUUGUAGUAGAAAACCAAUUGUGCGCCUACAGUCGCUCGAGAAGAUCAAAUGAAUUAUGUUUUCAAUUUAUAUAUUAUAUUACUACAAAAUAUGCAUUCAAGCUUUUAAUAUCAUAGUAGGUAUUUUAUAUAACAAAAUAAUUUUCAAAUCCAUGUGAUACAAACAUGUAACAGAUGUGAAGAUUAUAAUUAUUACUAGAUAGGUAGGUUUAAUAAAUUUUAAAUUCCAUUAAAAAUAACAAAAUGCGUUUUAUUUUUUUCCAUUUCAUCCUUGCGUUUAGCUUGUGCUGUAUUUUUCUCGGUUGCAGCAAUUCCCUAUCCAAAAGG